UACAGGUUGAAGAAGUUUGUGUGCCAACCAACCGAAACAUCAGGAAGUCAGUUAUAAUAUGAAAAAAACAUAGAAAUAGUAUUCAUAUUCUGUUUGCAGCGUACAACAACAUUGUUUCAACACAAGAUUAUUUCAUAGGACUACAGGUAAAUAGAGGAAACUCUCUUGUGAAUCAGGUCAAAGUACAAUUUUUUUUUCUUUUUUCUAAUCACACUUUACAGCUUACAGCUUCAUAGGCGCCAGAGAGAACUGACUCAGAGAUACAGGAUGAUUUGCCCAAAUUAUGGACUCUUCCUUAAACCUGAGCUCAGUUUGGUUUUCCAACACAUUGUGAUCCUCCUUUUACUGGCAGAACCUUGUAGAGCCAAGCUUGAGGGAGCUGUGCCGUUUCAAACAAUAGUGACCCUGGUUGGUGAAGAUGUUAUCUUGCCAUGCCACCUACAACCUGCCAUGGACAUCGUUUCAGAGAGUAUGGAGUGGGGUAGACUUGACCUGGAGCCCAGAUUUGUCCAUGUCUGGCGUGGAGGUCAAAACGAUCUGGUUAACCAAAACCCAUCGUACAAAGGAAGGACAUCAGUGUCAGCCGACAACCUGAAGCGUGGAGACUUUUCACUGAAACUCUCCGCAGUGAAACAUUCUGAUCAAGGAAAAUAUAGAUGCCACUUUCCCUCCCGUGAUCAGACAUCUAAUGUUGAGCUUGUUGUUGGUUCUGUCUCCUCACCUGUCAUAACUGGGAUCAACAUAGACGGCAGCACAGCAGUUCUACA